AUGACUUACUCAUCCAGCGGGCCUUCACUCGCUCAGGCCCUGGAUAUGGGUAAGGAAAGCAACAAUGGGAAUAUGGAUACGGAUGUCGAUCCUUUGCCUUCAAACUUGGAUCCUUCAAAAUCAUCUUCCCUUCCAACUUCGGAUCUGUCCGUGCUGAGUGAAUCUGACCCUGGUUCCAUUCAACAAUCUCGCUCUGCUUCGCACCCUCGCUUCUUGCGUUCCAGCGAACCUGAAAAGGACAUCUCUCAUAACCAUCUUCACCACGCUCACCUCCAAUUACAUCAGCUCGAAACCGUUGAUGACAGAACCGUCGACGAACCAGCCGAACAGAGCCAUCUGCAGCUCCACAAGACCGGCCACCACUCCCACCACUCCCACCAGCGUCUGCACCGAAGCAAGUCGCCUGCCAACCUCCAUCUUCGUGCUGCCCAGCCCAAGAACGUUCACGCCAUCGCCAACGCCAAUGCCCUAAAACCUCGCGCUGAGCAAGAUCUCGUUACUCAAGUUGUUCAGACUGUGUCGGUUGUCCAGGUCGUCGAUUCAGUCGGUUCGCCAAUCGAAGUCCAAACUCAUUACGCACCACCUGCUACCGUCGUCGUGGAUUCUGCUUCAGGUAUCACCGUCGCCGCCAUUUCUGACCCGGAACCCAAAAUCUCCGUGGCGGCCGCGGCGUCGGAUCCGGCUGCGAGCUACAAUGUUCCGUCACCUCCCUCCGCUCCCGCCGCGACCGCCGUGGAAACACCUGGUUUGACCGACCCAUCGCCGUCUGCGCCUAUCCCAGAUGCGACCGUAUCCGAUCCAGUACUCGAGCCUGUUAAUGACACGACGUUGCUACCCACCGUUGAUCUACCAUCCAACACGGUUCCUCCAACAAACGAGACUAAUAGACCUGUGACGUCGACAGAUCCUGAUACUGCGAGUCACGAAACAACGUUUCCAACUGCUCCCACCACUGCCAUUGACACAACAGCCUCGGAUGUUAGUGGGUCGGAGACCGCACUCGUAACCACCGAUGACCUAAGCGCGACAACAACCGACAUCGCUACUUUAAUAGAGACUACAUCUGACUUCACCUCGGAAGCGACGCAAGAUGUUUCCUCAGAAGUGACGUCUGAUGCUCCUAAAGCUACGACCGAUGUGACACAAUCAGAGUCCAAACCUUCCACAACUACGAUACCGACAACAACGAACACAGCUUCACGGACGCGAAGUUCUUCCACUGUCGUGGUGGUGUCUUCAACCUUCGUCACCUCUUCUAUCAACCCUAGCGACACUUCGACAUACAACUACUCUGACUCGGUAUACUCAAGCAUCUCGGCCGAGGAAACUUGGUCUUCUGGCUGGCGGGGAGACGAAGAUAAUGAAGGAGGAAGCGGUGCCGCAACAGCUGAUAACCAACCACCAGCAGCGACGACCACUUCGAACUCCAACAACACCGAUACGGGUACACUCUCGCCUCAACAGAAGCAAGUAAUAGGUGGUGUUGUAGGCAGCAUUGCCGGCGUGGCGUUCUUGGCGUUUUUCAUCCUGUUUGCUCUCAGGUACAAGAAGAAGCAUCCUGGAGGUGGCCUACUAGGUGGAAGUCAGUCUGGAACGCGGUCAAUCGGUGACCCAACAUCUGGUCCUGACGGCGGAAGUGACGUAUCAAUGGCUGAACGUGCUGGGGCAUCUGCUGCCAUCACUGCCGCGUUUGCGGGGCUGAUGGGUAAAAAGCAACGACAAACCCCCGAACUGGAGCCUGCCAGUGAGAGAGGCUUCUACCGGGUUUCAGGAAAGAAGCUUCCUUCUGUUCUUCAGGUUGGUGGUGAUGGUUAUUCCGAUCCUCGUACCGGACCCCCCUCCACCAGUCGGGCGAAUCGAGAAAGUGUCAUGAGUGGUAACUCCGACUACUGGAGAGGCUCUAUGGCAUUUGACCCGAGUGACCGGGAUUCACCUCACCUUGCUCUUGGGUCACCGAUGCGGCCAAUAAGUGGUGUGCCUGUGAUUCGGUCCGGCCCAGCUCGAACGCCUGUUACAGAGUCGAAUCCUUUUACUGAUCCGUCACGGCCAAGGCCGGAUUCUGAUGCCCUUGGAGGCUCAACGGGUGGUGGCUCCAUUGCAUCGCGUGAUGGAUCAUUUGGGUCACCAUCACGGUUCCAGGAGAGAAUCUGA